CAGCAGAGGAGGCGCAGGGAAAGAAAAUAGGGGGGAAAUAAAGGGGCCCGCGCGCGCCACACGGGUUUUAGCCAAUGACGUAGCUGCUUUACUGUAUUUAAAUUUCUGGAUCAGAGAACUCGCGAGGGGUAGCCCUACUUCCUACCGGCAUUUUAUUUUUAUGUUUUUAAAAUAUCCCUUAUAUAUACAGCGUACGCGAAUAUCUGACAAUGAUCGUCCCAGACCACUGAUUUAACCACCAAUCUGAUCAUAUGUUCAUAGAAGAAUAUCUGGAAGAAGAUGAGGAACCACCUUUGCUGCUCAGCUUUUGUCCUUCUCACAGUGUUUGGCUCUGGAGGGACUGUAGCCGUGCAGUGUCGGUUGGGGGAGGGGUGUGUGUGUCUGGAGUGCCCCAGUGGCCAGGAGCCAAUCAAGGCUUGCGGGCAGCUCGAGGGGCCAGGCGAGGCGGUGCACUGUCAGUCUUGUCCAGCGGGCAAGUUUUCGGACACCUAUGACUCUGAUCAAUGCCGCCCACACUCCUCCUGCGGGGUCCUCAACAAAAAGGUUGUGACCUCUGGUACCUCACACUCUGAUGCUGUCUGCGGAGACUGUCUGUCUGGGUUCCACCCCACUGCUAUGAAGACAGCCACCACCCUGGCCUGUGUGAGAGCCCCCCCUGCCCAGUCUACCCUUGUGCGUGCAGUGCGUACGGUGGGUAAGGGUGCGGCGGGCAGUGGUGGCCUGCCGGUGAACGGUACAGCAGUGCGGAGCCCGGAGGAGAAGAGUGCAGAGUAUGCAGUGUUCGCCCUGGUGCCAAUCUUCUGUGUGAUGGGACUCCUGGGGAUCCUCAUCUGUAAUAUCCUCAAGAAGAAGGGAUACCACUGCACUGCUGAGAAGGAGGGAGGAGAUGAGGAGAAUGCUACACCACAGAAAGAGGGUAACGGUUGUCCCUACAUCGUAGAUGAUCCUAAUGAAGACACCAUCAGUGUUCUGGUGCGCCUCAUCACAGAGAAAAAAGAGAAUGCUGCUGCCCUGGAGGAGCUGCUGCUGGAGUAUGAGAGUAAACAGAUGGCCAUCAGCAAAGCCUCCUCAAUCAAGUUCCCGGUGCUGUCUCCUCUGACUCAGUUCCUCUCCUUACCCAGGCUGUGCCCUCACCAGUCUCACCUCCACACCAUCUCUGGUCUGUCUGGCCUGUCUGGCCCCCGACAUGGCUACUGCUGCUCCCGCUGUGCCCAGAAGAAAUGGCCCCCCAUCCUCCUGCCCCCCCUCGGCCCCCUCAAACCCCCACAGUUCCGCCAAACCCCCCUUGGCCCCCUCAAACCCCCACACUCUCUCCUGUUACCCCCUCUGGACCUCCAGCCCCUCCAGAAGACCCCUCUCCUGCCCCCCUUGGCCCCCUCAAACCCCCACACUCUCUCCUCCCCUCCAGAAGACCCCUCUCCUGCCCCCCCCUUGGCCCCCCUCAAACCCCCACACUCUCUCCUGUUACCCCCUCUGGACCUCCAGCCCCUCCAGAAGACCCCUCUCCUGCCCCCUGUGGACACACAGCACUCCACCCCUAAGAUCUCCCAGACCCCCAGGCCUGGGUCAGGGUCACUCCCUGAGGGGAAGUGGAGGAUGCCUGGGAAGGUGACCCGGUCUGUCGGGAGGUUCCAGGUGGCUCAGAUUCAGGAGCAGAGGCCUGGUUCCAUGGAGAUGACGUUCCGCCCAGAGUCGAGUGACUCAGGUUCAGUGGAUGAUUCAUCUCUGCUGGGGAGGAACAAGUCUUCAUCAUCACCACCAUCAUCAUCAUCCUCAGCUGCCAGGAGUACAGAAGAGGUUAACACCUAAACAUUCGCAGAGAGGAAUGCUGGG